GCACACAGACCUGGAACCAACAAGUGCCGUGCCAAGACCAGCCAGCCCCGUGUCAUAGGCCCAGAUCAUUUCGUGCUGUGCACGCAUGAGUGGAAUCAUGAGUCGUGCGCUCACACUUGCUCUCUUUGCGAGCCAAGAGGCGAGAGCAGGCACGUCAUCUAGGAGUGUAGCUCGUGCCUUCUUCGGCUCCCGCGCAUCAAGCAGCGGCAGCAGCAGCAGCGGACGUUCCGCCUUCAUUUCGGCCGGUGCUCCGGCAGCAGUCCUACACGGCAGGCGAGGAGCUGGUAGCGCUGCUGUUCCCGUUUCUGCAGCUGACCGCGCGGCUUCGAGGGUAACGUCGGCGUUUGGUGCCAACAGCUCGCCGGCCUUGUCGACGAGGGGGGGCGGGGUCGUGGCGAUGAUGUCUACCAGUGGUGCGGCGACACCCGUGCCGCCUCUGUCAGUCGGCGACAUGUGCUACACGGCGGAGAGCAAGGCCUCGGUGUCCGUGUCGCCCGUCAGCAAGGCCGACUCCUGGGAAGGGGACAUGCUGGUGCUGCUGGCGUUCCAGCAGGAAGACAAGGAGGCUUUCGCGGUGCUCGCGGGGGACGGGGCCGCGGCGGCGGAUAAGGGGCUGGAGGGGGCGGCGGCGGACAUGAUUUCUUCGCAGGAGUUCAAGGGAGAGAAGAAGGGUUCCGUUUCUGCGAUGCUGGGGUCCAAGAGCGGCGUGAAGCGUGUCGCAGUGAUAGGCCUCGGAAAGAAGGAUGAUUCCUCACUCACACCGACGUCACUGGAAGCGAUCGGCACACAGCUGGCAGCGUUGGCGAAGUCGUCCAAGUGCAAGAGCAUGGCGGUCGUCCUGCCUGAAGGUUGCGGGGAAGGCUCCACGCAGAGUCUGACACAGGGGGCACUGAUUGGCAUGUAUGCCGACCAGAGGUACAAGACCCGAAAAGAGGACAAGAAAGAUAUUCCUCUGCAGUCUAUCGACAUCAUCGGCGGGGAGGAGUCGGCGGGUUUGGACGCAGCAAAGGCGGUGGCAUCAGGGGUCAGCCUCUGCCGGGACCUCGUUAACUCCCCUCCCAACAUGCUCACCCCGGGGGCUCUCGCUGACGCAGCCGCUAAGAUUGCUGAAGACCACGGGUUGGAAUGCGAGAUUCUAGAGGAGGAGGAGAUCGUGGCUCUCGGCAUGGGAGCCUACAUGGGAGUGGCGCAGGGGGCAGUGUUCCCCCCCAAGUUCAUCCACCUCACCUACAAGCCAUCGGGGACUCCAAAGAAGAAAGUCGCACUUAUCGGCAAGGGGCUAACGUUCGACUCGGGAGGGUACAACAUCAAGGCUGGGGCUGGGUCGAUGAUUGAGCUGAUGAAGUUCGACAUGGGAGGGUCUGCAUGUACCCUUGGUGCGGCCAAGGCGAUUGGUCAGCUCAAGCCGGACGGGGUGGAGGCCCACUUCAUUGUUGCCGCUUGUGAGAACAUGGUGUCGGAGAAGGCCAUGCGUCCCGGUGACAUUCUUACCGCUUCCAACGGGAAGACCAUCGAGGUACUCAACACUGAUGCCGAGGGACGACUAACACUCGCCGACGCACUAGUCUUCGCCGAAAAGCUGGGGGUGGACGCCAUUAUCGACAGCGCUACGCUCACGGGUGCCUGUCUGAUUGCUCUGGGGACUGACUAUGCGGGUAUGUGGAGCUCCGACGAGACCCUUGCGAAGGAACUCACCGACGUCGGUGCGGAGACUGGUGAGAAGCUGUGGCGCAUGCCUUUGGCACCUGAGUACGGCGACCAGGUCAAGUCGAAGAUCGCCGACCUUAAGAACGUCGGUGCACGCCCGGGAUCGUCCAUCACUGCCGCACUCUUCCUCAAGGAGUUUGUAGAGAAGACUCCGUGGGCGCACCUCGACAUCGCGGGGCCAGUGUGGAAAGACGAAGCGGGAGGCGCCACUGGAUAUGGCGUAAGGUUACUCACUCGCUGGGUGCAGAAGAAGGGGGAGUAGACGGCUGCCAUUUGUAGCAAGUACCCCGUGCAGGGUGGGGGAGCGGGGCGGGGGCGGCCUUGCUGCUCAGCUUGGCCCAGCGUUGGAGAUAACCUUUGGUUUAGUCUAGAGAAGUAAUUGAAAUCGAAACAGUUCAUUUGGUUGACGGUUCUCGUCUUGGAGUGAAAGUUGUUGAUGGAGGGAGGCUCGCAUACAACGCCAGGUGUUAUGUAUCUCUCUCAGGUGCCGGCCCUCCAAAUCCAGCCGAUGCUGAAGCUGUGUGUGCGGCGCCGUUACAGUACAUCAUCUGCUAGAUAGAUGUGGCGGUUGGAUGCAAGCCGUUACGGAGGAAACAACAACCAAAGGAUUGGUGCAAUGUCUUGGGCGAGACUGUUGCUUGUUGCGUGCAUCUAAACACUUGUGCCUUUGGGUCUUGUAGUCAAAAACGUCGAGAGUAAGCCAGCCACAAGGAAAACAUGCGGACAUAGGACAAACCGUGAGCUAGCUCAACUACAACCCUACUGAUCACCAUCGCGAAAACAUCCCCAGACCACUCGGGCUAACAUACGCCGAUCGCCCAUGUUUACAGAUCACCUCGGGCAAACAUGCAUCGAUCACCGAUGUCCUACACAGAUCAUCAUUGAGCAAACAACACAGAUCACCCAUGCCCUACAGAACAAAACGAACGGAAGGACCGUUCAACAGAGCUAAAUUUGAUCGAUCUGUACGGUUCUGAUCUGUCCUACGGAAGCAAGGCAAGCCUCAAAGCCCUCAAAGGCGUGUCGUACAGUAGUGGGCACGAAUGACUGCGACACCGCUGUCCUCCAGGCAAGAGCCUGCCUGCCACGUCGUGCCAUUGGCAAAGCUGCCACAUGUCGGCCAAAGACGGUCUGGCACAACCAUGCAUGACCCACCUUGUACUCGCAUUGCCCUUCCCCUGCUGUACGGUACUGCAAGUCAAAAAAUAAUCGACAAAAAAAAUCAAGACGUUCGAGGAUUCCUGCAUCAAAGCUGGCCUGUAGACUCCUUGCUGUGUCGUAAACUUCCUCCGAACAUCUUUCUCCUCUACUGUACACGAUUCUCUUCCCCCUGGUGCCGUCCACUACAAAGAGCGCCUGACCCAAGGCGGGAGCGUUCUCGAUCAACCGAAACAUCGCUAGAAAUAGUAAUAUCGCCCUCUGCGAGAGCGAGAUUGACGACAAGAAGCAGUCUCAUUCAUUGAAAUUUGCCCGACAGAAACUACGGUCCAAAUGUCCCUCGAACACCCCAGGUAACAUACAACCCUCCACAUCAUUGUGACACCAAAUUUCUGUUCUCAAAUCUGACGUCAAUGUCUUUUUGUCGGUAGUAAUUUGAGCUUCAUCUUGAUCCUCUCUCAACCAAGCGACCCUUCCCGCUCAAUCAGUAGCCUACAAUACGACGGGAAAGUUGAUUUUGGACUGCGUUAGGCUUCUUUCGUUGUUCUUUCGCAUCGAAAUCUGAGAACCCUGAAACGAAAGCACCGGAUUCCUCGCUCGCCCUCUACUGCCACCGCCACCGCCGCUCCCACUACCCUUGGCUAUCCAGCCUUGCUCGUUCCCUUGGGCUCUCACAACCUUGCGAGCCUUGUUGCUGCCAGGUGGGGCCGAGCGAGCCCGCGCCCCUUGAACGGAACCCGGGAUCGGGCUCGAUGACGUGCUGCUGCUCACCCUGCUGUGGCUGGACGAUUCCUUCCGCCUCCGACCACCCUCGCGAACGACACGCCCUUUCCCUUUUGUCCCGCCCCCGUUGGUAAGCCGCAUUCCU